AUGUCUGAGCUCUUAGAUCCCACUUCAAGCUCGCAGGCGAGUCCUCACUCGUCGAACUUGGGCAUCAAUUUUCUAGCGAGUCAGAACAGACAAGGCGAAACUUCCAACUCUUCGAACUACAAUCCCGGAAAACUAUACAAUAAGGGUGUCGCAGAUGCUAAUGGUACCGACCAUAGCAUUGGUACGAACGAGACCCUUCUUUCAGAACCAGCAGCCAUGUAUAAACAAGGUCAAAAAUCGAGAUCCAGAAGCACAUUGAUUCGGGUUUAUUCUGAAAAUGAGCGUUCGAAUUUCCACGAUUCUACAGGUGCUCGUAUUUACGAUGAUCUGAGGUAUAGACCGGUGCAUCACGAUGGACAAAACGGUUCUCCCACGAAAACUAGUCCGAUUGACAUAUACUCGAAAUCCAAACGACGACAUUCGUCUUCCGCUGAGGAAGAACGCGAACUUUAUCGCAGAAAUCUGAAAGUCUCCCAACAUAGUUACGGGGACAUGCAGGACGAAUACAUCCCAGACUUGGACUUCUCGAAUACAGUUUCACAAUGGCAAAGCGAUGAAAAUGUCCUCGAGAACAGAGGUGGCUCCGGACAGCGCCAAGAGCAGUCAGAAUCGCCCUGCUACAAUAACUGGGCUGAUUAUGAGGCUGACGUGAGUCGAUCCUCGUCUAUGUCGUCGUCUUCUAUCGUUUUCAAGUCGGCCCACGCCAAAGUGGGCCCGAUUCCUCUGCCUCAAACAUCUAUUCCAAUGGCAUCACCCACCCGUUUGCGUCACCAGGAUACAAGCACCACUUUCGACGAGAGAACACCGCGCGGCUCAUCCUUAUCCUUUGCCAGGAACAGGGCUUCACCUAAUAUUAAUGCACAGCCAGGCAGGUUGUAUAAGAGACAGAGAUCGGGACUCGAUUUCGAAUCUCCAUCCUCACCAUGGACCGCUACAUCAGUGAUUGCCACUAGCUUCGCAUCUUCCAAUGACGGUCGCUUCUCCGCAGAAGAGCUGACCGAUAUCAUAAAAUACCUUCCAGAGGAUUUCACUUCUCUUCCUUACAGUCAAAGAAAGAAAAUUCUUUUGGAGCAGUUCCCAAAUGUGGAUUACAAGUCCAUGAUGGCCAGCAUAAAGAGGGCCCAGCUCACAUCCGCAAAGAGUAGCACCCAGUUACAAUCGAAUAGGUCCAGACGUGGUUCGUUGGCUUCACAAUAUCUCAGCUCUUUUACGCCCUCAUCGUCCUCGUACAAGCCCGAUGACAAGGGCUCUACAAUUAUGGGAUACACAUUAGGUAAAAUAAUAGGAUUUGGCGCCUGGGGUAUGAUACGGGAAUGCUACAAGAGCACGGCUGGACAAUCCGAAAAGAGCGAGAGUUCAACUUCCGCCGUCAAAGCCAUCAAAAUUGUACGGUUUAAAAAUAACGGCAUAGUGAAGAACCAGGUGUUGAAGGAAGUACGAAUGUGGUCAAAAUUGAAGCAUAAGAACAUUUUGCCCUUGCUCAAAUGGCAAAUUGAUGAGUCUUAUGCUUUGUAUUGCUUGACAGACAAGAUCGAUGGCGGAACCCUAUACGAUCUGGUUGCCUCUUGGGGAAAUGCAAAAAACUCGACGAUAGAUCUCGCUCUGCGAUCCAAAUUCACAGCCGAACUAGGCUUACAAGUGGUGCAAGGUCUGAGGUACAUGCAUUCGAAGCAGAUUGUCCAUGGUGACGUCAAGUUAGAAAACUGUCUAUUGACCUCUCGACAGAGUAACGACGGAUGGACAGUUAUUCUCUGCGAUUUCGGGAUGAGUUCAGAGUUCCACCAGCGUGAAACACAAGCCGAAAAUGUCGGGGGCUCGAAAGAAUUUGGUGGUGACAAGCGAAAAGACCCUUCAGACGGCUCUAGACCUUUCGCGAGAUCGCUUUCCAACAGUGUUCUCAAAGACACUUUGAGAAGACAGCAUAGGACAAUUAAUCACGGCCAUGGGCCGAUGGGCGUGAGCUCGUUUCCCAAGCAAUAUGGACCUGCGUUGAGCAGUACAAAUCUGACAGGAAAUUUCGUCUCCCCCAAUGAGUUAACCAGGGCUUCUAGCAUGGAGAGCAUUUCGAAUUCGACGUCUAUGGGAACUGACUCUACUCCGGUUUCGCCCGCCAAGGAUGAGAAUUCUCAUAACUAUAUUGGAUCGCUGCCAUACGCGGCGCCCGAGCUCUUGGAACCUACACCACCAUCACUUUCUCCGUCAGCUGAUGUUUGGGCGCUUGGAGUCACCCUAUACACGAUGUUAAUGGGGAAACUGCUGUUCAAACAUGACUAUGAACCUCGUUUGCGUGCAAUGAUUGCAGCUGCCAAAUAUGAUGUUCGUCCUUUGGAAAAGGUGUGCAAUGCCAAUAUUGACAAAAGCCCUUCCCACUCUUUGUUUGACGCUGUCAAAGGGUGUUUGGUCAAGAAUGUAUCCAAACGUUGGACCCUGGAUUGCAUAGAAUCAUCUCUGGCUGACUAUGUCAGUUCUCUCUCAAAAGCGACAUUCGAAAUUUCCAAAAAUUCAAACCAUGAUAAUUCGAUGCAUUUAAAAACCGCUGAGGCGACUCAAAAAGUCAUCGAUUCAAAAACCAUAAUUUAA